GUUUUUUAAUGGACCAAACUUAACACAGAUUGAACUUCCUUGAUCAAAACAAUCAAAAUGGCACCACCAGACCCCGUAACUCAAAUGAAUACAUACAAAUCCUACGUAACGAUGCUGGCCGAUCCAGUUUCAAAAGACGAAUUGAAACUGAAGGCCGCUCAGGAAUUGUCGGAAAAUUUCGAGGUCAUCAUGUGCUCGUCACAAUACAAAACGUUUCUCGAGCACAUGAUAAAGAUUUUCCUGAAAAUAUUACAAGAGGGUGAGCCGCACUUUAUAUCGGAGUACAACAUCCAACAAGUGAGGAAGUUGAUUUUGGAGAUGAUACACAGAUUACCCAGCAACGAGUAUCUACGACCGUAUGUGAAACAGAUCCUGAGUUUGAUGUCGAAAUUAUUGGAGACUGACAACGAGGAGAAUGUGUUGGUCUGUCUGAGGAUCAUCAUCGAACUGUACAAACAGUAUAAGCCAACUUUUAAUCCUGAAAUACAAUAUUUUUUGCAAUUCGUCAAAUCGGUGUACAGCGAGUUACCAAAGAACCUGCCAAAAAUCUUCGAGCCACGACCACCAUUGAGGGUGAAAGAUCUGUCGGAAAUAAAUAUAGAGGCACUUUUGAAAGAAACGUUCACGAUCACGGCCAUACAGAGUGAGAAAAAAGCCGCAGAUGGUACUGUCGUCACUUACAACCUAAUUCCCAAAGCAGUGUUGUCUCUCAAAGUGCUCCAAGAAUUACCAAUCAUAGUCGUACUUAUGAAUCAAUUCUACAAACAGAACGUGCACCAGGAUGUAUCCGACUUCAUCCCUCUUGUGAUAACUACCAUAACCCUGCAACCGAGUCCUCAGCAUCGAGCGUCACCUGGAUUCAACAAGGAAGUCUUCGUCGACUUCAUGGGUGCUCAGAUCAAAACACUGUCGUUCCUAGCCUACGUUAUCAGAGUGUACCAAGACGUGGUGUCUCAACACAGUUCGAUAUUAGUAAAAGGUAUCCUAGGUUUGUUCACGCUGUGUCCAAUGGAAGUGGCUCAUUUACGAAAAGAGCUGGUAAUCGCGUCGAGACACAUAUUGGCCACUGAUCUACGAAACAAAUUUAUACCGCACAUGGAGUGUUUCUUCGAUGAGGAUAUAUUCAUUGGUCGAGGUUGGACCACGCACGAGUCUCUCAGGCCUCUUGCUUACUCGACCCUCGCAGACCUGGUCCACCAUGUUAGAUUAUUGCUGCCAUUAAACGAUGUGUCCAGAGCUGUGCACCUAUACAGCAAGAAUUUGCUCGAUCAAAGUCUUCCGACAGCUGUUCAGAUGGUCUCUUGCAAACUGUUGAUGAACCUGGUAGACACGGUGAGGCAAAGAUCCGACGCUGAGAACAGUACACAAGGCAGGGAGCUUCUCAUGCGAAUCCUUUUGGUGUUCGUAUUAAAAUUCAAGACAAUAGCCAAGAUCUACAUACCCAUUCUGCGUAACAAGGCCAAGCAGAUGACGCAGUUUGGCGUAGAUGUGAAAACGGAGGAUGCUAAGCCAGUUGUUCCUGACUUGAACGAGGAGAAAGAGACUGGAAAGUCGAAAUUUGGCUUUCCUUCAUCGCAAGCUAUGAGCUACAAUGUCGCCGACUAUAGGAACCUGGUGAAAAGUCUGGUGCACGGCGCGAAGGCCAUCACAGCGAACUGCAUUAACAGCAAAACCGGCGAGGUGUCGAAUCAGUCGAAUCAGUUUCAGACAAAGGAGACGUUGGUGUACAUUAAACUGGUGAAAUGGGCUCUGCCAGCGUUGGAUAUUUAUACAAUAGGCCCGCCAACGAUUGGAGCUGUCGCUCAACAGGGCCGGCCAGCUCAGUCUCAAACGAUCCGUACGAGAGAGGAGAAAGAGGUGUUGGAGCUUUUUGGAAACGUUUUUACUCAAAUGAACCCGCAGACAUUCCAGGAAAUAUUCUCAACCUCGAUCGACUAUAUGGUCGAGAGGAUCUUCAAGAAUUGCGCGUUGCAGAUUAUCGGAAGUGCCUUUUUGUCUAGUCCCACGAUAUCGUCCACCUUCGCAACGAUAUUAGUCGAGUAUUUAUUAGAAAGGAUGGGCGACAUGGGAUCGAACGUAGAGAGGAGCAAUUUAUAUUUAAGACUGUUCAAAUUAGUUUUCGGUAGCGUGUCGCUUUUCCCUGCUGAGAACGAGCAUAUGCUCAGGCCACAUCUAAACCAGAUCGUCAAUCGAGCCAUAGAGUUGGCCAUGACCGCAAAGGAACCUUACAAUUACUUCCUCUUGCUGAGGGCUCUCUUCAGAUCAAUUGGUGGCGGUUCUCACGAUCUGCUGUAUCAAGAAUUCUUACCCCUGCUGCCAAAUAUGUUGGAAGGUCUGAACAGACUGCAAUCCGGUUUGCACAGGCAACAUAUGAAGGACUUGUUCGUCGAACUGUGCCUGACAGUUCCUGUGAGACUCAGCUCGCUACUACCUUAUCUACCAAUGCUGAUGGAUCCUCUGGUUUCUGCAUUGAAUGGAAGUUACUGUUUGGUCAGUCAAGGGCUGCGAACUCUCGAACUAUGCGUGGACAAUCUCCAGCCUGAUUUCCUGUACGAGCACAUACAACCUGUAAGAGCUGACUUGAUGCAAGCCCUCUGGAGGACGUUGCACAAUCCUACUGAUCAAGCGCACGUGGCUUUCCGAGUCCUUGGCAAAUUCGGCGGUGGGAACAGGAAGAUGAUGAUAGAGCCGCAGAAGCUCGAGUACAACGAUCGUGAGACCAAUCCGCCGGCUAUCGUCGUUUACUUCCAAGAGCCCACGAAACCGAUCGACUUCCCAGUGGAGAAGAUAGUCGAGACGGCAUUCAAUGCCUUGAAGUCUAGCAACACCGAUUCGUUUUACCGUAAACAGUGCUGGGAAGUGAUCAACUGUUACUUGGCUGUGUCACUGCGAUUGGACGACACCAAUGCCAUUUUACAUAAACUGUUCAUGCAUCCUAGCUUCAAAGAGGGGAAAAUCUGUCAUCAACGAGGAUCGCACUACCAGUGCCAGGACAUUGUCGCGAGGAAUGUUCUACAAACAGCUCUGACGGGAUUGUUUGUUGCUUCAGAGGUUAAAGAAUUGAGGCCGUCUAUAGCAAGCAACGUGGUGUCCAUCGUCAGGCAUUAUACCAUGGUGGCUAUAGCUCAGCAAGCUGGUCCAUUUUCUUUAACUGGAAGGCAAGUUCGUAUGCAGGGUCAAGAUCCUCUGGUUCUGAUCGACGCUCUGGCUGUCAUCAUGGGCCACGAUGAGAAAGAACUGUACAAAUCUGGACACCUGGCUCUGGUUAUAAUACUUGAAACUGCAACAAACAUCCUCGGUUCCAAGGAGAGAGCCUGCCAACUACCUCUGAUGGAAUACCUGUCCGAGAAAAUGUGUUCCUUGUGUUACGAGCGUGCCUGGUACGCGAAGUUAGGGGGUUGCAUCGCCAUAAAGUUUCUCUUUGAAAGAAUGGCGACCAAGUGGGUGCUGAACCAUCUGUUCGUGUUCCUCAAGGCUCUCAUGUUCGUGAUGAUGGAUCUGACGGAAGAAGUGUCGAACGGCGCGAUAGACAUGGCGAAGACAAACUUAGAGAAGAUGCUGAGAGUCUGCGUGAAUCCUGGAGUUCAGGACGGCAACACGGAGUUGAUAGAGGCGCAGAAUAAGAGCUUGUACGAAGUCACUCACGAGCUAGUGAGACAGGUGACCUCGCCGCACACUCUGGUUCGAGAACAGUCCAUGUCCUCUCUGCGAUUGCUCGCCGAAAUACAAAAUAAGACAGUGACCGAGGUGAUGGAGCCGCACAAAGAGGUCCUGGCGGACAUGAUUCCACCUAAGAAGCAUCUGCUGAGACAUCAACCGGCGAAUGCUCAGAUCGGUCUGAUAGACGGGAACACAUUCUGCACCACGUUGAAUCCACGUCUGUUUACCAUGGACCUAACCGAGCACGACGUGUUUUUUCAAGAACUUUUAGCACUCAGCGAGGCGGAGGAUGCUAAUUUGAAUAAGCUACCUUGCUACAAGGCCGUCUCGAACCUCAUACCACUGAGAAAAUCAGCUCUGAGGGCUCUGGCUGCCUGCCAUUACAUCGUGACCUGUCGCGAAAGGAUUUUCGGCGUUCUGUACAAAACCUUGGAGAAACCAAACGCGGAGUUGCAAGAGGCAGCCUUCGAGUGCAUGCAGAAGUUCAUAGCCGGUUUCCAGAUCGACAUGCAGUCCGUCCACGCUAUUAUGCGACCGAUGCUGUCGACGUUGGGCGAUCACAGGAACCUCAGUCUGAACUGCGUCAAGAGACUCUCGUAUCUGACCCAGUUGUUCCCAAGCACGUUCAGCACUGCCCUCUGCGAGCAGCUGUUGCAGCACUUGAAGAAGCUGUUAGAAAAUCUCAUACAGGCGCACAAAGGUAUAUCCAAGUCCGGCGAGAACGAGCAGAAGAUAGUAACGAUCAUAGGGAUCUUUCACGAAAUUCCUGCAGCCACGCCAAUAUUCAUCGACAUCCUCUGCAAAUUUGUUCUUCAAGCGGAGAAGUCGCUAAUGGUCGAAGUAUCCAGUCCGUUUCGCGUUCCUCUGAUGAAGUUCUUGUUACGGUAUCCAACAGAGACGUUGAAUCUAUUUUUGCACGACAACAACGUCAAGGAUCAGCAAUGGAGUAGAUACUUGGAGUUCCUUAUCAAGCGGAAAGAAGGGAAACCGUUCCGCGACGUGUUGCAUGGCAGCACCACCAGGUUGAUCACUAUGCUGCUUGCCCAUUCACAGACGAACUCGAAUCUGAAUCACAGCGAGAAGAGCGAGCUGCAGCAUCAGGCUGUGAAGAUCAUCGCCAUCCUAAUUAAAUUCGACGAACAAUGGCUGUCGAACCAGGGCCAAUUGGUGGGCGCGUUGAAGCAAAUUUGGUGCAACGACGAGUAUCAAGCACUGCACAAGAAGGUCGAGAGCGUGGAAUAUUGCCACUGGAAGGAACCGAAGCUCAUCGUGAAGAUAUUGCUGCACUACUUUCGCCAUCAUCCGAACGAAAUCGAUUUGUUGUUUCAGUUACUACGAGCGACUUGCGACAGAUUCAUUCCAGAUUUCCAGUUCCUCAGGGACUUCUUGGAACACACUGUGGCGCAAGAGUACACGGUCGAAUGGAAACGAAGCGCGUUCUUCAGAUUCGUCGAUCACUUUCCUACAAACAACUUGUCCCAGGAACUGAAGGCCAACGUGUUACAAUUGAUCAUAAUUCCAUGCUUCGCCGUGAGCUUCGAGCGUGGCGAGGGCACGAAAUUGAUCGGCGGGGCGCCGAUGCCGUACCAAGACAAUCCGGAGAAUGUCGUUUCUGUGUUCAUCAGCAAGAUCAUCGAUCCGGACAAUCCGUUCGGCUCAGCGGACUGCGUUCGAAUCUCGUUGCUUCAGUUCUCCUGUCUGUUGGUCGAGCAGGCAUCUCAACAUAUUCACGACGUUAGCAACAAGAGACAAGGUAACAAGUUACGAAGAUUGAUGACGUUCGCGUGGCCAUGCCUCUUAGGUAAGAACUGCGUCGAUCCUACGACAAGGUACCACGGCCACUUACUGCUAAGUCACAUAAUCGCGAAAUUCGCCAUUCACAAGAGGAUAGUCCUCCAAGUUUUCCACAGUCUUCUCAAGGCACACGCGUUGGACGCGAGGAACAUAGUCAGACAGGCAUUGGAGAUCUUAACUCCGGCCAUGCCUGUCAGAAUGGAGGAUGGCAACACAAUGUUGACACACUGGACCAAGAAGAUCAUCGUGGAAGAGGGACACUCCAUGCAACAGUUGUUUCAUAUCCUCCAGCUGGUGGUCAGACACUAUAAAGUGUACUAUCCCGUCAGGCAUCACUUGGUUCAGCAUAUAGUAAAUUCUAUUCAGAGACUAGGUUUCAGUCCAAGUGCCACUAUAGAGCACAGGAGAUUGGCUGUGGAGCUGGCAGAGGUGAUCAUUAAAUGGGAGCUGCACAGAAUAAAGGACGAGGCGGAGAGCGAGUCUGUUAAGAACAAGGCGGGGCCUAUGAAGCGACCUAUGAGCGAAGAUCCGACUGGAAUGAAACGUAUGGUCGCUCAGGCAGCGGCAGGGAGUACAACCGUUCCUGUCAUUCUACCUAGGAUGGAACCAGGCUCCACUAAACCCAUAGAAAGAGCUCACGCUGACGCUAUCUUAAAUUUUCUGCUUCGACUAGCCUGCCAAGUGAACGACGUUACCACUAUCCAUGGGAAUCCGGGUGAACAGCUGUCUAGACGUUGCGUGGCUCUGUUGAAGAUGGCAUUGAAACCUGACGUCUGGCCGCAGUGCUGCGAUCUUAUGUUGGGCUGGCUGGACAAAGUUUUAGCCAGCGUGGACAGUGCUCAGCCCAACUACGGCAACAUUUCGACUGCCCUGGAGGUUCUCACGUUUCUACUUGGCACGAUGAAGAGGGAACAAAUCCUGUCGAGUUUCAAAUCGUUGCAGAGAGGUAUAGGUGCUUGUAUAGCGAGCAGCAACACCAAAGUCAUUCGUUUGGUUCACGGAUUGUUGUCACGUUUAAUGACCAUUUUCCCCGCAGAGCCUACUUCUUCUACGGUUGCCUCUAAGUACGAGGAACUGGACACAUUGUACACCACUGUUGCGAAAUUUGUCGUUGACGGUUUGGCCACGUACGAGAAGAACACCACGGCCACUCCGAGCACGUUAUUCGGGACGCUGAUGAUGCUCAAGGCAGCUUGCACGAACAAUCCGAGUUACAUAGACAGAUUGAUAACUCCGUUCAUGAGGGUUCUUCACAGAAUGGCCAAGGACCAUUUGCACUCGACUCAGGCGGAAGCUAAUCCAGUUGGUAGCGAGCUGUUGAUACUGAGCUUGGAUCUAGUGAAGAAUCGCGUGGUAGUCAUGGGCGUGGAAAUGAGGAAAACGUUCAUCGGCUCGAUCCUGGUCGGCUUGAUCGAGAAAACCCAAGACAUAAAAGUGAUGAAAGCCAUCACGAAGAUGUUGGAAGAGUGGAUGAAAAAUAAGAAUCCCAUCGCCAUGAAUCAGGCGCCCAGCCUGCGGGAGAAGUCUAUUCUUUUAGUGAAAAUGAUGCAGUAUGUGGAGAAACGUUUCCCGGAUGAUUUGGAGUUGAACAGGCAAUUUCUGGAACUGGUUAAUUACAUUUACAGAGACGAAACGUUGAAAUCAUCUGAACUAACGUCGAAAUUGGAGCCUGCUUUCCUCUCGGGCUUGAGAUGCGUCCAACCUCAGAUACGAGCGAAAUUCUUCGAGGUGUUCGACGCAUCAAUGAGAAGACGGCUUCACGAUAGACUUUUAUACAUCAUUUGCAGCCAGAGUUGGGACGCCAUUGGUCCUCAUUAUUGGAUCAAGCAGUGCAUCGAAUUACUCCUCAUCACCGCCAAUUCAACCACUCAGAUUCAAAUGUCUAAUCAGGAUACCUUGUUGCCGAGCGUAACUUCUGUGAUAAACAUGGCGGACAGCGAGGAACACAAGAACUUCAUAAUAUACAGCUCUAUAAAGGAGGAGCCUCAGGACAUCUCUGAAACAGCCGACAUAAAGGAUGACAUUCUGGACAUGGAUUUGUCUAACGUUGAUUCCGCCAUUGUCCCAGAGGAGAUCAUCACUUCGGGGAAGGCAUCGUUGACACAGUUGAUCGCCAGACAAGCUGAAUUUAUAGAACGUGCCAAGAAGAUCAGAACAGAACAAUUGUUGUUAGCCACGGCUCAACUUUGUCACAUGGACACAAACUUGGCGGAACGUGUUUGGCUGGACACUUUCCCAAGAAUUUGGAGCAUCUUGGACGAGCAUCAGCACAACACUUUAAUAGCCGAGGUAGUGCCGUUCGUAUGUAGCGGUACGCAUGUCAUUCAGAAAGAUUGCCAUCCCAGCGCUAUAGCUACAUUCGUCGAAGCAAUUUCUCGCUGCAAUCCUCCAGUGCCCAUGAGGCCAGCCUUGAUGAAGUACUUGGGUAAAUCUCACAAUCUCUGGCACAGAAUGACACUGAGUUUAGAGCAAAUGGCGUUUGACAAUGGGAACAAUCAGUUCAAAAUUAAGAGAGAAUCAGAUUGUUAUGAUUUUGAGCCAGACAAUAGUCCUCACGCCGAGAUUCUAGAUUCGUUGUCUGACAUGUAUUCCUUGUUGUUCGAGGAGGACAUGUGGUCUGGUCUCUGGCAGAAACACGCUCACUAUAAGGAAACUUUGCAGGCCACUGCGCUGGAACAGCAGGGAUUUUUUGAGCAAGCACAGGGUGCCUAUGACGUGGCAAUGACAAAAUUUAAGCAAGACUAUGUGUCAACACCAGCACCAUUUAAAAUACAACGAGAAGCAAUGCUCUGGGAACAACAUUGGAUAAGAUGUGCAAAGGAGCUGAAUCAAUGGGACUUGUUAUUGGAUUAUGGUAGCAAGAAGGUAGAGAAAAAUCCUUUCUUGAUUCUUGAGAGCUCUUGGCGUAUUCCUAAUUGGAGUAUGAUGAAGGAGGCCCUUGCACAGGUGGAGCAUAAUUGUGCAAAGGAGAUGGCUUGGAAGGUGAAUCUGUAUCGAGGUUUCCUGGCGAUAUGCAACAGUGAAGAUCAACAUCUAAACGCUGUAGAACGGUAUGUGGAGUUGGCAUCUGGCUUAUGUAUGCGUGAAUGGCGUCGAUUACCUCACGUCGUGAGCCACGUGCAUCUACCCUUGCUGCAAGCGGCGCAACAGAUCAUGGAGCUUCAAGAAGCGAUGCAGAUACAUCAAGGGCUGUUGCACGGUAGAAGCACAUCGUUGCACGACAUGAAAGCCAUCGUGAAAACAUGGAGGAACCGAUUGCCUGUGAUAGCCGACGAUUUAAGUCAUUGGUCAGAUAUUUUCACCUGGCGUCAGCACCAUUACACAUUCAUCUCGAGCCAUUACGAUUCGCAACAAGACCAAACGAACAACCACUCGAUGCUCGGUGUCCACGCGUCCGUCCAGGCAAUUAUUCACUUUGGUAAAAUAGCCAGGAAGCACAAUCUGUGCGGCGUGUGUUUGGAGUCAUUGUCGAAGAUCUACACAAUACCCAGCGUGCCUAUCGUCGACUGUUUCCAAAAAAUCAGGCAGCAGGUGAAGUGUUACUUACAGAAGGCGUCGGUCAGCGGUAAAAACGAGUUGCAAGACGGUCUAGAGGUCAUUGAAUCUACGAAUCUGCGUUACUUCACCAAGGAAAUGACCGCGGAAUUUUAUGCACUGAAGGGAAUGCUGUUAUCGCAGAUAGGCAGAUCAGACGACGCGAAUAAAGCGUUCUCAGCCGCUGUCCAACUGCAUGAUACACUGGUGAAGGCGUGGGCCCUGUGGGGUGAUUAUUUGGAGCACAUCUUCACGCGCGACGCACGCCAAAUUUCCAUUGGGAUUUCGGCCAUCACUUGCUUCCUUCAUGCCUGCAGACACCAGAAUGAAUCUAAGUCGAGGAAAUACUUGGCCAAGGUUCUUUGGCUGCUCACCUAUGAUGACGAUAAGUCCUCUCUGAUGGAAGCCGUGGAGAAAUAUGCUGUAGGCGUCCCACCGAUUCAGUGGUUACCUUGGAUACCUCAGUUGCUGAUGUGCUUGGUUAGACACGAAGGAAACGUGAUUCUGAAUUUACUGAGCCAAGUUGGAAGGAUGUUCCCGCAAGCUGUGUACUUCUCCAUCAGAACUUUGUACCUCACGUUGAAGAUUGAACAGCGCGAGAGGUAUAAGAGCGCUGAAUUGGCCGCUGGAAAGAAUCAGGAAGGUGUGGAGGGUCGUGGAGCUGCAGGGAAUGUGCAGCAACAAGGAGUACCUGAAACGGGACCAAUUCGAGCCACGCCACCCAUGUGGAGGUGUUCGAAGAUCAUGCAUAUGCAGAGAGAUAUUCAUCCUACUAUUUUGUCUAGCUUAGAAGGCAUCGUGGACCAAAUGGUCUGGUUCCGAGAAACUUGGUACGAAGAAGUUCUGAGACAGCUGAAACAAGGUUUGGCCAAGUGUUACGCAAUAGCAUUCGAAAAUCGUGGCGCUGUAAGUGAAGCAACCAUAACUCCCCACACGUUGAACUUUGUAAAGAAGCUGGUCUCGACUUUCGGCAUAGGAAUUGAGAAUAUAUCUUCCUCUCAAAAUGUGAACAACACGUUUGGUUCGGCGGGUUCAGAGUCUCUGGCACGCAGGGCUCAGGCUACCGUUCAAGAUCCCGUUUUCCAAAAGAUGAAGGGUCAAUUUAAGAGCGACUUCGACUUCACUGUACCUGGAGCAAGAUUACUUCACAAUCUGAUCAGCAAGCUGAAAAAGUGGAUCAAAAUUCUUGAAGGAAAGACGAAGCAGUUACCAAAGUCCUUUUUAAUCGAAGAAAAGUGUCGCUUUCUUAGCAACUUUAGCCUAAAAACAGCCGAAGUGGAAUUACCAGGCGAAUUUCUCUUACCCAAACACUCGCAUUACUACGUAAGAAUAGCGAGAUUCAUGCCAAGAGUCGAAGUUGUUCAACGACACAAUGCAGCGGCUAGAAGAUUACGAAUUCGUGGACACAACGGACGUUUGUAUCCAUACCUGGUCGUCAACGACGCUGGAUUGGGCGACGCAAGACGCGAGGAACGUGUUCUUCAAUUGUUACGAAUGUUAAAUCACUAUCUGGCUAAACAAAAAGAAACCUCUAGAAGGUUCUUGCAUUUCACCGUUCCUCGUGUGGUAGCUGUUUCACCGCAGAUGCGACUGGUUGAGGAUAAUCCUGCUUCCGUGUCUUUGCUAGACAUUUACAAACAAGGCUGUGCAAAAUUAGGUAUAGAACACGAUGCGCCAAUAGCUAGGUAUUACGACAGAUUGGCCACGGUACAAGCCAGGGGUGCACAGGCGAGUCAUCAAGUUUUAAGAGACAUACUCAAAGAAGUGCAGACGACGAUGGUCGCCAAGACGAUGCUCAGAGACUGGGCGGUGAAGACGUUCCCUGGCGCAACUGAUUACUGGACCUUCAGAAAAAUAUUUACUCUGCAACUAUCUUUGAGCUGUUUCGCGGAGUAUGUGCUUCAUCUGACAAGGUUGAACCCUGAUAUGAUGUACGUGCACCAGGAUUCAGGUCUGAUCAACGUUGCUUACUUCAAAUUCGAUGUUGAUGAUACAUCCGGUGAGCUGGAUGCCAACAGGCCAGUUCCUUUCCGAUUGACACCGAAUAUUCUGGAAUUCCUCACCAGUACAGGCGUCUCCGGACCUCUAACUGCAAGUGCAAUUGCCACAGCUCGUUGCUUAGUCCAACCAUCUUUCAAAGUGCAUACGAUUCUUCGUGCAAUUUUACGAGAUGAAGUAAUUGCGGAUCAUAACAAGAAACAAGAGGAUGCUGAGAAUUCGUCGCAGGCUCCGACAGACAUGAAAGGUGAACUUCUGAUAACGAUGGUCACUCGUGCAGUGAACGCGAUCGUUGGAAGGCUAAAUUCCUUGGCCAAUUUCGAUGUGACCGACAGUAAAGUUAGCACCCUGGUCGCUGCAGCCAACAGUCAUGAUAACUUAUGCCGAAUGGAUCCUUCUUGGCAUCCUUGGUUGUAAUUGCGUUUUCUCAAGAACUAUUUGUGCUUCCAAUUCCGAACGGAUAUAUAGAGAAAUUGAUGGAUGUGGAUGAUUCUCAUAAUUCGUGCAGAACUUGUAUUAUUGUUUGUACUAACUUAGAUUUCAAUUGCGAGAAACAGCUACAAUCAUUGAUAUUCUCUGUACUACUAUCAUUAUUAUUUUUUUUUUUUUUUUUUAGUUUCCGUGUAAUUUCAGUCUCAAGGAAUAUUAUAAGUCGUGUAAAUAUUGUGCAGAAAUGAAUGAUUCGAUCGAUUUACUUCAAUGAAUUUAUUCUUUUGUAUGACAUACAUGUUUAUAUCGUAAAAAUUUUCGUCCCAAAAAUAUUCCAUCUGUAUCAUUUACUGUACAUACUAUUUUUUAAGAGUAAUUUAUAAUAAUUCGUCAGAAAGUGUUUAUAAGUUUAAAGAACAAAAAAGAAACAGAGAGAAAUAAACUAUCUAAAAUAAUUA